GUAUUUUUUUUCUUUUUCUUUUCUUGUUUUUUUAAAGAAAGUGUGACUUUAUUUUGAAGGAUUUGAUAGGGUUCUGAGGAAACCCAUGAACGUGACAGUGAAGGAUUCCAUGCAAUGGACCUAAUAAUAGAUGAAACUAUAGUAAGUAUUUCAGUCUCAAAGGAGGACACUGUUCUUGUUAAAUGAAAAUGAAGCCUGCUAAGGUCACGAUUGAUCUGGAUGAUUAUGAGAGUCGUGAUAAUCAGAUAGUUCCUGAUUCUGGAGAUUUUAGGUUAGAAAGACGAUGGAAAAGAUGGGAACUUUCAAAUACACGUGAAAAGCACAAUCACCAUGAUGGUAGUACAAGAUCAACCAUAAAUAAUUGUGGAAAUGUGUCGAUUUUGUCACUACAAGAGGGUCAUAUGUCAGAGGAUGAACUGGAUGAAGAUUACAAAUUGUUUUUGCUUACAUAUAAUUAUGAAGAUAUUGAUGUUGACAGUGACGAUGACGCUGAUGAUUCUGAUAAUGACAUUAAUAUUGGCUACAACAACAUCCAUUAUGAUAGUCAGUAUAUGAUGUUUCUGGAGGAAGAAAGGUUUCAUAACUAUCCCAAGUUAAACACUUGGAUGAUGAAGGGUUCAAAACAAAGGUAUGAAACAAGAAAAAAUGGAAAUAAAGGAUGUAAUUCAGUGAGAAAAGAGUUAAGUGACCCAAUAAAAUCUCAGCUGAAUUUGGAGGCUAAAAGAAGACUUAGUAAGAAAAGGCCACGUGAAGAUGUUUCUGUUGUGACUGGGAACCAUUGCUACACUGAGAUGAAGGGUUCAAAACAAAGCUAUGAGACUGGAAAUCAAGCAUAUAAAGGGAGUGAUUCAGUGCCAAAACAAACAAGUCGCUCAUUGAAAUCUUGUCAGAAUUUGGAGGCUAAAAGAGGACAUAGCAAGAAACGACCACAUGAAGAUGUUUGCGGCGUGCACCAAAACAGUUGUCACAAUGAGAUGAUGAAGGGUCGAAAACAAAGUUGUGAGUCUGGAAAUAAAGGGAGUGAUUCAGUGAGAAAACAGACAAGGGUCACAAGGAAAUCGCAGCAGAAUUUGGAGGCUAGAAGAGGACUUAGUAAGAAAAGGUCAUACGAAGAUGUUUCAGUCGUGCCCGAGAACAAUUGUUACAGUAAUACGGAACUAGAUGUUGUGGAUGAUGAUUACCAGACAUUCCUGAAUUCUCUUGUUGAGGACUAUGUGCCUAGUGAAUUAUUAAGAAAGAGUUCAAGUGUCAUGGGAAAUUCACAAGUUUCUGAUCAUGUGCUGAGUGAAGCCGAUGAAGAUUACCUACGAUAUCUGAAUUCUCUUAGUAUUGAUGAUGAGGUGGAGUGUAUGCCUGAAAGGAAUACCUCAAAGACAGACAUGCCUAAGAGGAAAUCCACAAAGACAGACAUGCCUGAGAAGAACACCUUAAUGACAGACAUGCCUAAGAGGAAUACCACAAAGACAGACAUGCCUGAGAAGAACACCUUAAAGACAGACAUGCCUCAGAGGAAUACCAUAAAGACAGACAUGCCUAAGAGGAAUACCACAAAGACAGACAUGCCUCGAAAGAACACCUUAAAGACAGACAUGCCUCAGAAGAAUACCUUAGAGACAGACAUGCCUAAGUGGAAUACCACAGAGACCUCAAAGACAGACAUGCCUACGAGGAAUACCACAAAGAUAUAUAUGCCUGAGAAGAACACCUCAAAGAGAGACAUGCCUAAGAGGAAAACCUUAGAGACAGGCAUGCCUAAGUGGAAUACUACAAAGACAGACAUGGGUGUGAGGAAAACCUUAGAGUCAGGCAUGCUGGACAGGAAUACCUUCAAAACAGACAUGCCUGAGAGAAAUGCCUUACAUGCACACAUACCUGAGAGGAAUAUCUCAAACACAGUUAAUGUGCAUGCUGACAGCAAUUCCUCUGAACCCGAUGUUAUCCUUCUAGAACCUGAUCAAAUUCAGGAGAACACUCCAUUUGUUUCUUCGAAUACAUAUAAUUCGUCUUGGUUUGGAACUGAAGUGAACCUCAAACACAUGCCUGAGAGGAAUAUCCCAAAUACAGUUAAUGUGGAUGGUGACAGCAAUUCCUCUGAACCUGAUGUUAUCCUUCUAGAAACUGAUCAAAUUAAGGAGAACACUCCCUUUGUUUCUUCGGAAACAUAUGAUUCGUCUUGGUUUGGAUCUGAAGUGAACCUCAAACACAUGCCUGAGAGGAAUAUCUCAAAUACAGUUAAUGUGGAUGGUGACAGCAAUUCCUCUGAACCUGAUGUUAUCCUUCUAGAACCUGAUCAAAUUCAAGAGAACACUCCAUUUGUUUCUUCGAAAACAUAUGAUUCGUCUUGGUUUGGAACUGGAGUUAACCUCAAAGACAACUGGCAAUUAUCUGCUUACCAUCAUUCUCAGUUUAGGAAAAGACUUAUGAAUGAACUUCAAAGGCCUUUUAACAAAGAAGAAUAUGAUAGACUUUUUCUCGAAGUACGUCAGAAGAGGAAAACAGAGCGUCAUAUAGAAACACGUCAAGGGGUGGUCAAAGCUUAUUGCACUCAGGGUGUCAACAAAUCGUAUCUUGAGUUGUAUCCUGAUCUAGCUAAAGCAAUGGGUAAAUUCAAAAAACCAGAAACGGAUUUAUUUAUCCUGCGCGGAUUUAUUUUCUGGUUGCAAAAUUUGACCCACCAAGGAAUAUUUAAGCCCUGGAAUGACAUUAAAUGCUUGGAAAUUUUAAGUAAAAUGUGAUAAGGGAGCUAUAUAUGUAUUUUAUUAAAUUUAUCUUGGAACUUUCACCUACUUUGUCAAAGAAAGAUUGUUAAGUUGUGGUCCUCAUUUGGUGUUCUAUAAGGAAAACUGAAUGUCUUAGAAGCUUUUGUAUAUUUUCUGUUAUACCAUGGUGGUUCUCUUUAUGUCUUUAUUGUAAUUGCACCAUUGUGAAAAUGUCUUUAUUGUAAUUGCACCAUUGAGAAAAUGAUAUUGUAUGCUUCCUAAGCUACUUACUUCAUCUUGAGCUCAUAUGCUAAGAUAUUAUGUAUGCCUCAGUGCUUCUGAAA